AUGGCUCCUCUAAGGAUACAUGGUUUUAUCCAAAUUUGGAGCAAGAAGACUGGGAUAACUAAAUCUAGAGAAGUAUUCAUUGAAACAGCGGAAGGAAAAAAGGAAACCAGCCUGGUGGUCAUUUUCAAUUCUGGAGAAUUUAUAAGGGUUUUUCAGCUAAGUAAUAAUAUUACAAGUGUGGUCCUUAGACAUUGUGGAGAGAGACAAAGUUGCCUGAAUUUAACUUUGAAAAACAAUAGCUCCUUGUUUAUUGACAAAUUAUCCCGCAGAGAUGCUGAACAGUUGAAGAUGUUCCUGGACAUAGUCCAUCAAAAUGAAUUCCAAGCACCUAUGGAAUCUGAUAGUGAUUGGCGUGUUUUUGACAGCAGAAAUACACGGAAGGAAAUUGACAAAACUCCAUUUCACAAGGUUUGUGACAUGCCAAGUUAUGGAUUCUUUAAUACAGAAAAAGGAAGUGAGACACCUUUCCCUCAGAAGAUGCCUUCAUUAAUAUCAAAAUCACCAAUGCUUGUCACAACAGGCCUAUUAGAAAAUCAAGGUGGAAAGGGGAAAAGAAUGCAAUCGUCUUGUCUAGAGAUGAGUGAGGGCCUCUGGGAAGAAAAUAACCCCAUACUAAACAAGAAACUGAAGACAAAUUCCUUUAAGUAUGUAAGUGGCAAUGGGAAGAAACCACUGCAUUUAAAAGAUCCAAAAAGGGAUAGAAAUUCAAAAUAUGGACCUUCAUGCAAGACCAUCUCUGCUUAAAAUCCUAACCUAGAUAAGGCUCUUCAUUCAGUCCAACUUCUCUCUUCCAAAAGCAGUUUGGAAUUUCGCUCAGGACUAAUGUAUAGCCAGAAUGAUCCAGGAUGUAAUGAAUCCCAGGUGCCCCUUGACUCUCACCCAGAACAACUAUGGCAAGGCUUUCCUAAUUUGGGAAAUACCUGUUACGUGAAUGCAAGUUUACAGUCACUAUUUGCAAUUCCACUGUUUGCUGAUGACUUACUUAAGCAAGGUGUCCCAUGGGAGAAAAUUCCCUUUGGUGCUCUUGUUAUGGACUUGAACCAGUUACUGGUGUUAAAAGAUGUCUAUGUCUGUAACGUGGAGACCAAGAAAGGGUUACUGGUAAAUGUUAAAAGUACCAUUUCAGUGGUUGCAGAGACAUUCUCUAGCAACACUCAAAAUGAUGCUCAUGAGUUCUUAGGUCACUGUUUAGAUCAGCUGAAAGAGGACAUGAAAAAAUUAAACACCACUUUGAGGACUGAGAGAGAACUUGGAGAUGAAAAUUCGUCUCCACAGAGGUAUGCUGGUAAUGCUGCCACCAAGUCAUUUGUUUGUCUUGUUGUUGCUAAUUUUGAGUUUGAAUUGCAGCACUCCAUUAUUUGUAAAGCCUGUGGUCAGGUGGUUCUCAAGGCAGAACCAAGUCAUUAUCUCUCCAUCAACCUUCCCCAAGAAACAAAACCACUUCCUUUCUCUAUUCAAAAUUGUUUUGAUUUUUUCUUUAGAGCAGAAGAACUUGAGUGUAACUGUGAGAAGUGCAAGCACAAGAGUUCUGUUGCAAUGCACAAAUUCAGUAGGCUUCCCAGGGUCCUUAUUGUUCAUCUGAAACGCUAUAACUUUAGUGAUGUUUGGUAGCUAGUGAAGGAUAACCAGCGAGUCCAUGUUCCCAAGUAUUUAAGCUUGUCUUCUCAUUGCAAUGAUAAUACCAAACCACCACUUCCCUUGGGCAGUAAUGCACCUACUGGGGACUCCAAAGUCCUGAAUGUCUCUCAAGAGAUGAUUUCUGAGAUCAUCAGCCCAUCAACACCUUCAGUAAAGUUGAUCUCAGAAUCCAGUGAGUCCCUGGUUUUACAAAUUCCAUCAGAGAAGGAAGCCAAACCACAAAAUUUCCGGAAAAUCUGUGAAGGGUCCAGCCAAGAACAGCAGCAGAGAGACCUGGAAAAGUGUUCUACUGAAGCAGUAGAGUCAGAACUGGUAAACUCAGGAGAUGGGACAGUCAGUGAAAAGAAGCUGCCAGCAGCUGACUCGAUGGAUCAAGGAGAUAUUUCUCUUCCUAUGAUCUGUGAAGAUGCAGGUAAACCUACCAGCAGUCCACGCACAGGUCUUGUAGAGAUUCAUCUUCAAGAGGUAGCUGACAACCCAGAACUUAAGAAAUAUGAGAAAACCAAUGCAUUUAUAGUUAGUGUCACUGAGUCUACUGAAGAUUUUUAUGAGGAUAAAGAAACCUGGAUUCCAGAAAGAUCUGAAGGAAUGGCUGAACAACUCCAGAAAAAUAAAAUCUUUAAAAAAAAAAAAAAAGAAUUCCUUCAGCAGGAACCACCUCCAAGCAUUGGGAAGCCAGAUGCCCAGGAACACAUAGAGAAGGACCUCAAUAGUCAUCAGAAGGCUAACCUGAAUUCCCUUGGUGCGUUGGGUUCCGAUAAGAACUCUGGAAACAAAGACAUUUUAGGUACAGAGAACACAGAAGCUGAAGCCAGAGAACUGAAAAGAAAUACCAAGAUGAGAGACCCUCUUAAUGCCUACCAGCUCAUCAGUGUGGUCAGCCAUCUUGGGCACUCCCUACACUCAGGCCAUUACAUCAGCGAUGUUUAUGACUUUCAGAGGUAGGCCUGGUUCACGUACAGUGAUUUACAAGUAUCACAAAUCGAAGAGUUCGUAAUGCAGGAGGCUAGGCUUUGCACUGGGUAUAUCUUCUUUUACACGCACAAUGAGAUCUUUGAGGCACUGUUGGGAAAGGUACUUAGAACAGAGGUAGGGAAGAUCCUUCAGGAGGAAUAA